UGUAGCUUUGCGUGUGCGCGUGUGCGUGCAUGUGCAUGCGUCCGCCCUCCUCCUCCUCUGCCAGACCAUCACAGAAGCUCCUCUACAGACACCAGGCGGACUGGGACGCGACGCAGCGGGUUGAUCGGUGCACGCUCUCCAACAAAACAAACACACCAGAAACACAAAGAAAGUCCGGAGUUUGAAUAAAGUGGACUUAAAGUGUCAAGAGUUUCCCUGAAGUGAAGGCAGGUCCAGGACUCGGGUUUGGGAUUUAUUGUGUCUGUGCUGCUUGUCAAGGUGCAGACAAGAGGAACGGAGCCGGAUCGAGGAGCCCAUGAGGACUGGACCGACUUAUCAAUGAAGCAGGACAUCAUGGCGGAGGGUCCCCGCUGCAAGAGGCGAAAACAGGCCAAUCCCCGGAGGAAGAACGAUGCAGGUUGUGGUGGACAGAGGUCUUGUGAGUCAAUGGUAAAUGCUGAGCUAUGAGAAUGUGGCGGAGACGGGUUCUGAGACAGACGAGGAUGACAGGUUGCCGAUCUCUGAGGAUUACGACCUCGCUAACGGACGAGGAGGUGGGGAAGAGGAAGAAGCAAGUAGUCCAGCGACUGUGCCCAUUUUGGAGGCGUCACCCCGAGUCACCCACGCCCUGUUGUCAUACCAGGACCAGGAGAGCUCUGAGGGCUGGAGAGGCAGAGAGGGACAUUUCAACGGCAAUGACAACAGAAAAGAAAAUUAUGAACCUCUCAGUCUGGAGGCUUUGCCGCACACUGCAGGAAAUGGGCCAGUGAAACGACUGGAGCUGAAUGACUACUUUCUGAAACGUAAACUGGAGGAUGGCGAGGGUCAGCCAGCGACUAUUGCAGAAUACCUACAGCGCAGCGACACUGCCGUCAUUUACCCUGAAGCUCCGGAGGAGGUGUCACGACUGAGCACGCCGGAGGCUGUUGUUCAAGAGGAGAGUGAGCACGACCUGUUGCCUCCAGAUGACUUUGCGCAGCUGCUAACAUGUCCGUACUGCGAUCGCGGCUACAAGCGUCUGACGUCUCUGAAGGAACAUAUCAAAUAUCGGCAUGAGAAGAAUGAGGAGAGGUUCUCCUGUCUGCUAUGUGGCGACUCCUUCAGCCACCGCACACAUCUGGAGCGUCACAUGACCACACACAAACCGGCCAGAGACCAGCCGCCACUGCUCAACGAAGGAGCUGGAAACCGCAAGUUCAAAUGCAGUGAGUGUGGAAAAGCCUUCAAAUACAAACAUCAUCUGAAGGAGCAUCUCCGUAUCCACAGUGGUGAGAAGCCAUACGAAUGUUCCAACUGCAAGAAGCGGUUCUCCCACUCUGGCUCUUAUAGCUCCCACAUCAGCAGCAAGAAAUGCAUCGGCCUAAUCGCUGUCAAUGGACGAGUACGAAAUGGAAACAAUGGGAGACCAAGUUCUUCCCCCAACUCCACAACCUCAUUGCCUGGGAACCCCGGUCUUGCCCAGCUGCGCCACAAACUAGAAAAUGGUAGGCUGCUUGGCCCUCCAGACCAGCAACUUGACAUCAAAGCAGAGCCCAUGGACUUUAACGAGUACAGGCUGCUCAUGGCCUCUCAGUCUGGGUUUGGGGGUUCAGGGGUUUACCUAAAUGGUUGUGAUGGAAGCCCUCUGGAUCUUCACAGCUCCUCCCAGAGUUCCCUUCAACACCUGGCAGAAUUUGGGCUGGACCUUCCCUUGCUGGGCUAUGCUGGGCCUCUUGGGAACAGCAUAAAUGAGGUGCAGAAAGUGCUUCAGAUUGUGGACAACACAGUGUGCAGGCAGAAAUUGGAUGGGAAUCCAGAGAAGAUCUCCAAGCUCAGGGCCUACAUGAAGGAGCUGGGUGCUCAAAUGGAUGAGCAAAAACUGGUCCAGGCUGGAUUUCAAGUGAUGGGUCACAGCAGUCCCACAAAAAGCAAAAUGGAUUACACACUAGAGAAAGCCAGUCAAACCAAGAGUCUGAUUGAUGACUCCGCAAGGCAAGUGGACAUCAAGAAGGAGAAACCAAACAUUUCAGUCAAUCUCUGUAAUGAAGAAAAAUCACACGACAGUCAGAACCAGUUCUUGCCAUACGCUUGCCAAUACUGCAAGGAGACUUUCCCCGGGCCCAUUCCGCUACACCAGCAUGAACGCUACUUGUGCAAAAUGAAUGAAGCGAUCAGAGCGGUCCUACAGCCAUCUGACAGUGGUCCUGCUGGUCGCAGGAGGAGAGUAAUACCAUCUGACCUGCCGAGUACUGAAUGUGCCACCAGCCCUGUCAAUCCCUUUAAGGAUCAAGUAUCAGUGCUCAAGGCUUACUUUGCCAUGAACACUCAGCCCAACUCAGAAGAACUUCUUAAGAUGUCCAUAGCUGUUGGCCUUCCUCAAGAGUUUGUCAAUGAGUGGUUUGCGCAGUGGAAGAGUCAAAACCAUCACACAAGCAGUCUGAUGAUAAAAACAGCAACUGAUUGUGGAGGACUUGAUUUUAACCACAGUUUGAGUCGAUCACCAACAUUAUUUCCUGCCACCGAUUUAAAUGGGGGCUUCACUAACAGUGACACAAGCCAUAGAGUCACAAAGGUCAACUUGUUCACAGACAACAAACAGACAAGAAGGGACAAGCCACUAGACCAAUUGGACAAUUUGAGGAGCAACACUCCAUCUCCCCUCAACCUUUCCUCUAAUUCCUCUAAAAACUCCCAGAGUAGCUCUUACACUCCAAACAGUCUAGCUUCUGAGGAUGCCCAUGGGGAUAUACCACUAGAUCUGUCAUUGCCCAAACACAUGGCGCAGAAGCUUGUCUCUAUAGAAAAACGACACAGAGCCAAUGGCUUUGUCAUCGAGUGCAAUGGUGAUGUACAAGGACGAGAACAGGGGAUGGUGCCGUUAGAUCUGGUCGAUAUCAAGAAGGAGGUCCUAGGCUCUGAUUGUGGAGGGAGUGCUGUCUGCCAACUGGAGAAAAGCACCAGUCCUAUUUUUGGGAUCAAUCCCUUCACUGGUGGUCCUCUCUACACCUCCCUUCCAUCUCAUGGAGCCUUUCCUCCACCCACUUUCAUGUCUCCUGCUCCAGCCACUAUUCCUGGACUCAGGCCCUAUCCAGGCCUUGACCCCAUGAGCUUCUUGCCCCACAUGACCUACACUUACACCACUGGGGAGGCCACAUUUGCAACUGAAAUGCAACUCAGGAGAAAGUACCAAAGAAAAUCAGGUUUUCAGGGGGAGCUGCUGGACGGGACAGCGGACUAUCUGUCAGGCCUGGACGACCUGACAGACAGCGACUCACUUCUCUCCAGGAAGAAGAUUAAGAAGACUGAAAGUGGUAUGUACGCGUGUGACUUGUGCGACAAAACAUUCCAGAAGACCAGUUCCCUCCUAAGACACAAAUAUGAGCACACAGGGAAACGUCCUCACCAGUGUCAGAUCUGUAAGAAGGCCUUCAAACACAAACACCAUCUCAUCGAACACUCGCGUCUCCACUCUGGGGAGAAACCCUACCAGUGCGACAAGUGUGGCAAACGUUUCUCACACUCUGGGUCAUAUUCGCAGCACAUGAACCACCGCUAUUCCUAUUGCAAGAGGGAGGCAGAGGAACGUGAAGCAGCCGAAAGGGAAGCCAGGGAUCAGGGAGGGGGAGUGGGACCCAUGGCUGAUCUAGAGCCCACUGAACUAAUAAUGGAAAGGGUCUACCUUCAGGGCCUGGGCCCACUUGGUUACUCCGAUCCUGAGGACCAGCAGGAGGUGGAAGAUGUGAUUGUGAGGGAUGGCAAUGAGGAAGAACUCAAGGGCAAGAAAAUGGACAAGAAGACAUACAAGGAAGUGACAGACACACAAAUAGCAGGUUUCAGGGAAGGAGCAGAGGAAGAUGAUAAGGAAGAAGAAGGUGACAGCAGGAACCAGCGAGAUUCAAUAAGGGACAAGAGGGAUGAAAAGGAUACAAUGCAGCCAAUGGACGAGAGUUUACAAGAAGGGAAGAUAGCUGGCAAGUCAGACCAUGAGGAUUGAAGAUUUUAAAAUUACAAAAGAAGAAGAGAAAAAGCUUUGUAAUGUUUGUCCUGUUGGCUGGAUCCAGUUUCUUCUGUUUCUCUUGAAGGAGUGUACAGAGUUGGGUAUGGGGGAAAAAGGAAGUAAAGGAAAAAAAGAUCAAUUGCUCUUUACAGGAAACUUAGAGAUCUGUGUCUACCCCACAGCUGCUUCCUGUAUCAGGAUGGAAACGACUGGUUCUCGUUUCAGGCUUUAUUCCCAUAGUGACAGCAGAUGCUGCAACAUCAUGGCCUUAGAUUUAUUAAGUUUUGACAUUUGGGUGUUUACUGAAGUUUAACAUCAAAACCACCAACAACAUCACCAA